UCAGGAACUGUCUUGUGACUUUUGCUUUAGAUCUGCAUGCGGAAGCCGCAGGUCUCUCGUGCAAUGUUUCUCAUAUCAUGGACACAACCUAAACAACAAACCAAAUCAAAGAAUUAGUUGUACAUCUUAGGAAAGGUAAUAACGCACAAGAUCAUUAACUGAGACAAAAGAACGAGCUAAAGAUGUGGCGAGUACAAAGCCUGGUGGGGAGAGUUUUAAGCCGGUGCCAUGGCAACACUUCGUCUUUGCGUCUCUCAAACGGCCACCAUGUUGAAGACGAAGUCAUCAGCUCAUCAUCGGUGCUCUCUAGCAGUCGGUCUCAAAGAGGGGAUGAUGGGGAGCAGAAGAAAAACAAAAAAACGGCAGAGUUCCGCUCUGCCAGAAUGCCGAGAUACACCGCGCUGGAUGCAGUGGGAUGGGGUGCUGCGGCAGUUCUGUUUAUGCAGAUCUGCAGGAGGAUCCACUCUCAGUUCUCCUCUGUUGGCGAACAGAACCCAAGAACCGCCUGCCAUCAAAAACUGGGUCUUAUACCGAAAUGCACACACAAGAUCCUCCUCGAAAUGCUGUCGGGGCAUGUCGUUUUGCCCCCUGGAGUGUGUGUCAUGGGUUUAAAGGAGGCGUUAGCAAGUCCAGAGCAAAGCAGCAGCAACAGCAGCAGCAGCAGCAGCGUUUAUAAUUACGAUGCUUUAGCUGAACCUGGCAACCUCCUAUUUGACCAGCAGGAGGAGACAAACAACCAUAACAUCACAGAAGCUUUCUCAGACUUUACCGUUCCACAAACAGCAGCUGUCGAACGUGAAGAGCCACAAGGACAGACAAGGUUCUCUCUGGACGAGGCCGAGCAGAACCUGAGAGACGUCGCAGGCAACAGCGUGCCGGUCAUCCUCAACAUUAUCGGUCUGGAGAGUGCAAAAGCAGGAGAUCAUAAGGCAGCGUUCGAGUGUUUCCAGGCUUCGGCUCAGCAGAAUUACAGCAAAGCUCAGUUUAACAUCGGGGUGUGUUAUGAGAUGGGACAUGGAGUCGGGAAAGAUCUUAGCAAGGCUCUGCAAUAUUACAAACGGGCAGCAUUGACAGGUCACCCGCAGGCUCAGUACCGCUGGGCUAAACUUCUCUUGAACACAAGGGGGCAGCAGAGAGUCAAGGACAAACCCGCUGCUACGGCUACAGCCAUCUCUCUUCUGCAGAGCGCCGCUGCUGCCGGACUCACUGAGGCUCAGCUGUAUCUGGGUGUGUUAUUCUCUCAGGAUCCACACACUGAUGGAGGAAAAUCAGUUCAUUAUUUCAGAAUGGCAGCGAACACUGGAGACAGUACUGGUUUGCUGUUUCUCGGUCAGUGCUAUGAGAUCGGGUUCGGAGUUCCCCUCUGUUACACGACUGCAGUUUGUUACUACGAGAAAGCAGCAGCUCAAGGAAACCUGAAAGCCAAGAACAAACUCGACCUGCACAAACGAGAAGUCCUGCGCUCUAUCCGUUCCGCUCCUUGUCUCUCGGUCUUGGAUCGUCUUCCUUUGGACUCCAUGCUUCUUCCGGCACCAACCACAAACCGACAGACGGAUUCACCGACUUCACCACUUCCUCAUUCAUGGAGCAUGGGCAGUCUCUCAGCCCUGCCUCCUUUUACUGAGUGCAGAAGUGGGGGCUGGAUUAUAGGCAUGGGAUAACGCACAUGCACUUAAAUUGUCAAUCAAGGAUUGAUGUUGAACGCACAAGAACCAACAUGGAGCUCUGGUAAUGGGGGAGCUUUUGUGGGAUGUUCACAGAUCCAGUCGGAUUUGAAUGUGAAUGUUUUCAUGUCGUUAUUUGGGUGAGAGUGAACAAGUCACAUUUCUAGAGGCUACAGAGACCUGGAAAGCCUUUUGCUGUAUCUUUAUUUGCAUGUAGGUCUUUUAUAGGUUCUUUGCAUGUUUUUUUAUAUAUGGAUAUGUUUAUUUUUUUGUACUUUGUCAGAAAGCCAAGUCAAGUAUAAAUAGAAACUAGUGUUUAAAGGUAUAAAGUUGUGUAGCAGAACAGUCGUGUUCCAGUACUGAUUUUUAACGCCAGUGUUCAUUUGCUCUUCUCUACUGUAACUGUUUCUCACAAAAGCCAUAAAGAAAACUUUUCCGCCCGGUUGUUUUAGGGCGUUUUCACAUU